GGCACCGCGCACCGGGCGGGGGGUCGGCGCCCCGGGCAGUGCUGGGGGGCCGCGGGCAAGGCGCAGCGGAGGGGGCCGUCGGUGCGGCCGCGGGGAGGGUCCCCGGGGGCGGCCGCCGGCAGCGGGCGAGCGGCGGGGAGCGCCGUCGGGGCCGCCGUCGGCGGGCGCGGCGAUGGGCGGCGUGCGGGGGCCCCGCGGGGCCAGCCUGCGGGCGCUGGUGUCGCUGGCCGUCGGGCUGCUGGCCUGCGGCGGGGCCAGCGAGUACGACUACGUGAGCUACCAGUCCGACCUGGGCCCCUACCCCGGCGGGCGCUUCUACGCCAAGCCCCACCAGUGCGUGGCCAUCCCCGCCGACCUGCGGCUCUGCCACAGUGUGGGCUACGACAAGAUGGUGCUGCCCAACCUGCUGGACCACGAGACCAUGGCGGAGGUGAAGCACCAGGCCAGCAGCUGGGUGCCGCUGCUCAACAAGAACUGCCACAUGGGCACCCAGGUCUUCCUCUGCUCCCUCUUUGCCCCCGUCUGCCUGGACCGGCCGGUCUACCCGUGCCGCUGGCUCUGUGAGGCUGUGCGUGACUCCUGUGAGCCCGUCAUGCAGUUCUUUGGCUUCUUCUGGCCUGAGAUGCUCAAGUGUGACCAGUUUCCCCAGGACGACGUCUGCAUUGCCAUGACGGCUCCCAACGCCACCGAGGUCUCCAGGCCCAAAGGAACGACCGUGUGUCCCCCUUGCGACAACGAGAUGAAGUCGGAGGCCAUCGUGGAGCACCUGUGCGCCAGCGAGUUUGCUCUUAAGAUGACCAUAAAGGAGGUGAAGAAGGAGAACGGGGACAAGAUGAUCGUCCCGCGGAAGAGGAAGGCGCUGAAGCUGGGGCCCAUCCGGAAGAAGAACCUGAAGAAGCUGGUGCUGUUCCUGAAGAACGGGGCCGACUGCCCCUGCCAUCAGCUGGACAACCUCGGCCACUACUUCCUCAUCAUGGGCCGCCAGGUGAAGACCCAGUACCUGCUGACGGCCAUCUACAAGUGGGACAAGAAGAACAAAGAGUUCAAGAAGUUCAUGAAGAAGAUGAAGUCUCCCGACUGCCCGACGUUUCCGUCCGUUUUCAAGUGAUGCGGUGGGCGGCGGGAGAGCCGCCGCCUGGACCUGGCGCAGCCCGGCACGGCAGCUCGGCCUCGCUCCUCGGCAGUGGGGAUGCCGGAGACGAGCCCUCCUGCUCCUCCUCAUGCUCCUUGGAGCUCCCCUCGCUGACCCCAGCCCUCCCACCUCCCCGCUGCCGGCAUUUUCCUGCUCGCCCGGGCGUGCAAGGGUGACACGCAUGCACCAAACGGUCGCUGAGGUCACACACGAUUUACAUCCGCAAUAUCCAAAGACCUAUUGCUGUACGGAUAUGUACAUUCAUUUAAAUAGCAGCUAUCAGGUAAAGAGGGCAAGCGGAGGGGUGUGAAGUUAUGUGAAGAGAUUACACGAUUGCAGAAAGGACCCCUGUGACCAUGUUACUCCCGUCUUCAUGGCUGCAGGAUCACCCUAAAUUAAUUCCUGUUUGAACCAGAGCCGGCCAGUUAGAAAAACAUCCCAUCCUCAGAAUAAAAGUUAAUAAACGAGUAGUGGAGAACCCGUUACAUCCUCUGAUAAAAGCUCCUGAUAGCUAAUUGCCCUCACUGUAAAAAAAACCCAUUGUAGUCUAAACCUGCUUAGUUCAAGCCUUAACCCUGGGGUCCUCGUGAUUGGCUGGAUCGGGGAUGCCCUGGAUGCCCUCCCCCACCAGCAUCCCUUGUCAUGUGUCACCGGGACGCCUGCCCUGGCCCCUGCGAGCCGAGCUGGCCGAGCCCCCCGCACCGGGGCUGUGCUGCUGCUGCUCCAGCCUCCCGGUGCCCGCGGCGCUGCCCGGUGGGAUGGGGUGGCCCCCAGCCUCCCCCAGCCACCAUCUCCCGCGGCAGCGUUCCCGUGCUUCUGCCCAGACUCCGGUUCAGUUUUGGCCACGCGGAAACGUGUCGAGUUCACUGGCCGGCCCGGCAGCCCGGGACUCCCCGCUGGGGAGAGCCCUCCGCCAGCUCCUCCAGCCUGUGACACUCCCUGACUUUGCCAGUGAUAUUUUUAUAGUUUCUUCAGGCUGCUGGCAAAGUACCAGAUUGCAGAGGGCCGAGAACUGGUCCCUAUGGAGCGCCAUGGGAAGUGCCUCAUCUCCGUCUUUCCCUCUUUGCAGUCGCUGUGGGACAUAUCAAUUUCUAGGUUUUUCUCUGUUUGAUGUGUGACAGCUUGGCUUUGUAUCGUUCUGUUUUUUUUUCUUUUCCUUAAUCAAAAUGUCAUGUUAGUGUGAGGUCAAAUAGUUUAUGAAAGACAAAGAAUAUUGCAUCCAAAUGAUUACAUUUAUCGACCAAGCUGAAAUUCAUUAUUCCAUUAAUUGGACAAGUUCUCUUUUCCGUAGACCCUUAUUGCUCCGCAUUAAUUAUACUAUCCUGCUUCCAUUCAGUGUUCUCAUCAAUCAUGAUUACUCUGAGAGAAUGAAUAUCUUGCGAUCUGAGAUAAUCCUGUUGUAUUGCAGUUAAGUGAAAUAACAAAUCCUCAUUUUUGAGGUUUAAACCAACCCCACUGAAAGCUGGUAAAUUAAUUAUUCUUUAUCUCGGGAGUGCUGUUUAUUCCCCACGUGGGGACAGAGCCGCGGACUCGAUUGCAGAAGAAUUCCGUGAAGAAGCCAAGUGCGCUGAGGAGUGAUGUGUCACAGCUAGCAGAGGGAUGGCUUUAGGACGUGAACUCUGUAGAAAGUCCCGCUAGGAUGUCUUAGACCACCAUUUGUAGUAGUGUUGUUUCUUUGAUGCAAAAUUAAUCAUUGUAGAUAAUGUGCUUUAUCAGUGAAUUAAAGAAAUAAAUAAACCA